AUGGAUCGACCAUUCGAUUAUGAAAAUCCUACUGACGACAGAAAUGUAACGCAACAGACUGUUCAUCAAGAACCCAAUCCAGUCGUGGAUAACCCAGUUGUCGAAAGGGGAAGUAGAGGAGGAUGUCACAGGCGUUCCCAUAGAAGAAGAAGGAAGUCCAAAUGCGUCUGCAAGCCUCGUAGGAAGCUGAUUCUAUCGACUAAUCCUUUCAUCAUUUUCUAUUUGGAAAUGUACUUCAAAACGCCUGGGAAACGCGUGACGAUAGUGGCUCGCGAGGCUGGUAAAAAGUGGUGUUCCAUGUCGGAAAGUUCAAAGCGAAAGUACUACAAGCUCGCAGAAAGGGCGAGGCGACGAAGCUCCUCGAGGCGGAGGAGAUAG